UGGGUAAAUAUCAAGAGAUCUGGUAUACUUUGGCAUAAUUGUGCCGUAUUUUUGUUAUACUUUUUACAGGACAGGGUAUGCUUUUGGCAAUCUUUUUAAGGGACAGGUUCAGGGUGCAAAAAAGUUUGCAGUACACCCCCAUCACUUACUUAGUCAAGUCCCCCCUGAGGUAAUUUUCGAACAAAACAAGUUGUGCUACACAACGAGCGCCCAUACCCUCCAAACGAAAUGGUUGAAGCCUCUCCUUAGCAUCAUACGUAUUGAAUGUGACUUUUGAAGUUUAUAUGGCAUUUCAAGCGUUCACUUGGACACCAAAUUAAAACAAUUUGAUCGUGCACACAAAUGAAAGUUGAGGACAGCUUCCAAUUUGUUGAAACAGGUAUAAACAUCUCCAUUGUCCAGUACUCAGCGAUCCAUUUAAUUUUAACCAAUUAAAUGUAGGGAGACUUCAAACGUUGCCACAACUUCCAUUGUGUAAUCUAAAUCCUUAUUGUUCCUUUGACGACUCAAAUCUUUGAACAGCAGGUUCGUUUCGUGUAAUUUCCUUCCAACCAAAGACACGCUGGCAACAAGAAUGGCCGCAAAAGCACAGCGAAUCGAGCUCACAGAGGAGUUCAUUGGGUUGUGGAGGCAAGAAAAAAGCUUAUGGGACGCAGCUUCCCCGCUCUACCGUAACAAAGAUGCGAAAGAAAGGAGCCUGUUCAAACUGGGACAACAUUUCUCAAUGUCAGAACAAGACGUGAAGAGAAAGAUAAACAUUCUGCGUACUUAUUUUACAAAAGAGCUGCAAAAAAGCUUAACAAAAGGUACAGCUGAAGGCGAAGGGCUUCAAAAUUCAAAAUGGCCUCACUUCCAAUCAAUGAUGUUUCUACGCAACACUAUUACUCAGCGGAAAACAACAUCUCCGUCUAUGGUAGUCAACGAUAACAACGAGGAAGAUGAAGCAGAAUGUCCAAUAAUCGAGAGCUUUGAGGCUGAAGAAUUUCAAUACGAUCUUCCCGACAAUAGCAUGAGAAUUGAAGAAGAACCAAACAGAAGAUCGACUCUACAUUAUUUUGCAAAUGACAAAAAAAGGAAAAAGGAUAAUGGAAGCAAGAGCAGUGUUGCUAUUAAUGAAGCGAUGUCAAUUCUUGCUGCUAGGAGCAGCAAGGUAGCAAAUGCAGAUGAGAUUUUUGGUCAGCAUGUUGCUGCUAGUCUUCGUAAUAUUAAAGACAAUAGAUGUAAAGAGUUUGUAAAAGUGAAGAUUCAACAAAUCAUCUUUGAGGCACAAUUCGGGAUGCAGCUGAUGCCUUUCCAACAGAUUAAUAUUGCACCAAGUGGCGUGGUACAUCAUGACGUAUCACGCCAUCCAUACCAAAGGGAGAUUCAGACUCAAUUUCCAGUACCUGGCACUGCAAGCUCACCAGUAGGCACUAACGAUACCAGCACUGAUCCCAAAGAAUCGAUUUCUUGUAUACCAUGAAAAACAUCUGCAGAUUUAAUCCAUCUUAUAUAUCAAAGUGACCAUAGAAAACUUAACUUUCAGUGGCAUGAAAAAUAGAAACUUCAUGUUUGAUUUAUCAAUAGGAAAUUUCGCAGCCACUAAUAGGAAAUUUCACAUUAUCCAGCAUCGCAGUAAAAUACUGAAUUGAAUUGCUUAGUGUUUUUGAAAAGUUGUUUAUCAAGCACAAUGACAAAUCUAGGAUAUGGCAGAAAUUCCAUGUGCUUAGGCUUUGUAUCGUGGUGGGCAAUACCAAUGCUACUGCAACUUACUAAGCUACUUAGCCCUUAACAAGGGCAUUACCAGCUGCUUACUGCUCUAAGGGUACUAGUUUGUAUAGAUACACUUCAGCAAAAGCUUAUUGAUACUUGCUUACUUCAAGUAUUCAGAAAAUACGUUUAGGAACUGAAGAUAGUGAAUUACCUCAGCUAUUGCAAUCAGAAAGUCAUGAGCAUGCUUGUACACAGGAGAAAACGACUCUAGAAAAAUAUGCCCAUCUGGUGCCUAGAAACAAAAAUAAUCUUAUGACUGAAAAAUAGUUAAAGAGUUGUUUACUUCAAAUAUUUGUACAAAAUCAAGAGGAAGUAAUAACACUUGUCGGAAUAAUAUGUUUGUACAACCAAGCAUCAAUAAAUGUUUGUAAAACCUAAAAUGAUUCAGCAGCUGAGUGCUAAGGUAUAACACAACUUACCACCCAGAGUGGCCUAAGAUCAUGGUCUUGCUUUAACUCUGCAACAUUUCUGUAAUCCUUUGCCCCAAAUUCGUCCUGAUAUGGAAAACAAAAUAUCAUAUGAUAUCGAUCACAGAGAAAUUUCAAACUUCUAUCAAAAAAUGUUUGCUUUCAUCAUAAUCCCAGUAAAAACCUACAAAGAUGGUAUCAAAAACAGUAAAAUAAAAAUAGCAAAAACAUUAGAGAGGCCUUAAUUGUUACCCUUAAAUAUGUAAAUGCAAGAGCUACAUUAACCUAAUCUGAUCUGAAAUGCAAGAAUGUGUCAGCUGUGAUGCUGCCUUGUUUUUGAAUGGGCCAUUACUUGAGGCAAACUUUUUCUGUGCUUAAUAAUAUAUUCAAUAUGAUGCUGGUCUGGUAUUAGGAAAAUAAGUCAAACUUCUAAAAAGGUAAUAAUUGCAACCUAAACAUAUUCUACAUAACUUCUUUUGAAAUUGGAUCUAUCUUCUUGUCAAAAUUUUAUAUAUAUAUAUGUAAGGCUGCAAAAGUUGCAAAGUAAAAGGUAAAUUCUCUAUAUUUUCAAUUAGAAAUAUUGAAUAUUCCUUAUGAUGAUCUAAAAACAAAAAUGAUGCAGAUCACUUACUAUUGCUGUCUUUUCAACACUUUCAGCAUUUCGACUUGCCGAGGAAGGAACAGCCUUGGCAUCUGUUAAAUGCAAACAACUAUUUUAGCUAAAAA